GCAGGGGCGUGGCUACUAGGAGGGUGGAGCCUGAAGCAGCCAUGAAGUUAAAUAUAGAUGGAUUGCUGGUGUAUUUCCCCUAUGAGUACAUAUAUCCAGAGCAAUUCUCCUACAUGUUGGAGCUCAAGAGGACUCUGGAUGCCAAGGGUCACGGUGUGCUGGAGAUGCCAUCAGGAACGGGCAAAACAGUCUCAUUAUUGUCUCUGAUAGUGGCUUACCAGAGGGCAUACCCUCUAGAAGUUACCAAGUUAAUAUACUGCUCCAGAACUGUUCCAGAAAUCGAGAAGGUUGUGGAGGAGUUGAGGAAGCUGAUUGAAUAUACUCAGGCAAAAACAGGAGAGAAACUCAAUUUCCUGGCCUUGGCUUUGAGUUCCAGGCGAAACCUGUGUGUAAAUCCUGAGGUCAGUGCUCUACGCUUCGGGAAGGAGAUAGAUGGUCGUUGUCAUAGCCUCACUGCAUCCUUUAUACGGACGCAAAGGCAGAGAGACCCCAGCACCCCCUACUGUCGGUUCUAUGAAGAAUUUGAUGCCAUCGGCAGACAGACUCCGUUACCUGUUGGGGUAUAUAACCUGGAUGACCUCAAAGCUUUGGGGCGACAGCGAGGCUGGUGUCCGUAUUACCUCGCCCGUCACGCUCUGUCGCAGUGCAAUGUUGUCGUGUAUAGUUAUCACUACCUACUGGACCCCAAGAUUGCUGACCUUGUUUCUCGCGAGCUCGCCAAGAAGUCUGUAGUUGUCUUUGAUGAAGCUCACAAUAUCGAUAAUGUCUGCAUUGACUCUAUGAGCGUUACCAUCACACGCCGGACCCUCGAACGCUGUCAGACUAACAUUGAGACACUCGACACUGCUAUACAAAAAAUUAAAGAAACAGAUGAAAGAAAGUUGAAAGAGGAAUACGCCCGUUUGGUGGAAGGUUUGCGUGAAGCUACGGUAGCCAGAGAGACAGAUAUUUAUCUCUCCAACCCAGUGCUGCCCGAUGAAAUCCUGCAAGAGGCCGUUCCAGGCUGUAUCCGUAAUGCUCUACACUUCCUGGGAUUUUUGCGGAGGUUUGUGGGUUAUGUCAAGUCUCGGCUGCGCUCCGGUCACGUGACACAAGAGGGCCCAGCUGCUUUUCUGCGUGACCUUUUUGAAAAGGUCUGCAUUGAAAGAAAGCCAAUGAGGUUCUGUGCGGAGCGACUGCGCUCUUUAACGCGUACUCUGGAGAUUGCAGACAUCGCAGACCUCUCCCCCCUCACUCUCAUCACCCACUUCGCCACACUUGUCAGCACGUACACAAAGGGUUUUAUGAUCAUCAUUGAACCAUUUGAAGACAGAACACCAACUAUCAGUAAUCCUGUCCUACACCUCAGCUGCCUCGAUUCUUCCCUCGCUAUUAAACCAGUAUUCCAGAGGUUUCAAUCUGUCAUCAUCACAUCCGGGACUCUCUCUCCACUGGAUAUUUAUCCCAAAAUCCUGGACUUCCGGCCAGUUACUAUGGCAACCUUCACAAUGACCCUGGCUCGUGUCUGCUUGUGUCCUAUGGUGGUGGGUCGUGGGAACGAUCAGGUGGCAAUGACCUCAAAAUUCGAGACAAGGGAAGAUCUGGCUGUGAUGCGAAAUUAUGGAAACCUUCUUCUGGAGAUGUCGGCUGUGGUCCCCGAUGGUAUUGUGGGCUUUUUUACCAGUUAUCAAUACAUGGAGAACAUUGUGGCAUCAUGGUAUGAGCAGGGAAUAUUGGACAACAUUGAGCGGAACAAGCUGAUUUUCAUUGAGACGCAGGAUGGUGCGGAGACCAGUGUCGCCUUAGAGAAAUAUCAGGAGGCAUGUGAGAAUGGACGUGGUGCCAUCCUGUUGUCAGUGGCUCGUGGCAAAGUGUCAGAGGGAAUUGACUUUGUACAUCAUUACGGGCGAGCUGUCAUAAUGUUUGGAGUACCGUAUGUGUAUACACAGAGCCGUAUACUGAAGGCUCGACUGCAAUUCUUACGGGACCAAUUCCACCUGCGUGAAAAUGAUUUCCUGACAUUUGACGCAAUGAGACACGCUGCACAAUGCGUGGGUCGGGUCAUCCGUGGCAAGACGGACUAUGGGAUAAUGCUCUUUGCAGAUAAGCGGUACGCUCGUGCUGAUAAGCGAGGGAAGUUACCACUCUGGAUCCAGGAACACUUGACUGAUGCAAACCUGAACCUCACACUGGAUGAAUGUGUCCACCUGUCCCGACACUUCCUGAGAGAAAUGGCACAACCGUUCCGCAGGGAGGACCAGCUGGGACUAUCUCUAUUGACUCUUGAGCAGCUGCAAUCGGAGGAGAUGCUGCAGAAGAUACAAGAGAUAGCUCAUCAGGUGUGACAUCUACCCUGAGAGUUCUCAUCAAUAAGGACUCACUAGAGACCUACACAUGCAGAUGGAUAUGAAAGCCAUUGUUACAGCAAUGUGAGACCUAUUAGACAUCUCACAUAGCCAGCAAGACAUCAAGACUAGGCCCGCAAGGUGGUAGCCUUGAGUUGUGCCUAACAGACUUAUCUAAUUAAGGGAUCAAGGCUGAGACAAAAUGUGAAAGUCCUGGCACUGAAUAUGAGAGCGCUCAGACCCAUGUGUAUGUUUUUCACACACAUAGAGGGUGUGUUGUCAGACAGUGAAUUGUGCUGAAUUGAACUGCAAAAAUUAGAUCAUAAACGCUUAUCGGAAAUAGGAAAAAUGACUUAGUUCAUCGUUUUUUACAACUUGAUUGCUUUGAUCAAAAUUUUGCAAUCCGCCACAAUUUGAUUAAUAAUUUCUAGAAUGUGCAGCUGUAGCGCGACAAGACCGCUCUACAUCCAUAAAGUGUAUGUGUUUUUACAUACUGAAAUAAAAGGUUAUUUUAUAACAACUUGUGUGAUAACUAUUAUUUUGGACAAUGAGAAAGCAGAACAGAUGGUAGUGAUGUUUGGAUUGCUAGGAUUCCAUACACCUUUGUAAGAGAAUGAUUAACUUGACAGAAUCCAUUCCUCAAUUCAAAAUGUCCUUUUACUUAGCUAUGGCAUCUGUUUUCAAAUAACCCUAACACCAAGGUCAAGAAAUGACCCUGUGGCUUCUCCAUCACAAGUGGAUCUGUCAAGUAAAAUGCUGACUGGACAUGUGAGACCCUAAAAUCUGCACUGCUGGUAGUAGCGGGAGACUUUGAGAUACUCUGGAAUUAUACAGAAAGUAAUAUAAUAUCUGUGUACAUCCUUACACAUUUCAUUCUCUCUUGACUGUAUAGAAACGCCAAAUUUAGACGCAAGAUGUGGGUUUCAUUAUGUUUUAUUAACGAGCAAAAUCAGUAGAACACCCUGUGCUACAUUAGAUCACACGCAUGAUUUGUAAAGAUAUUUACUGUGAUGAGGUUCAAAAAGAUGUUGUUGCUGGUAUAGUGGAAGAGAAGAGGUCAGGCAGCUGGCACUGAGCAAACCUGUUGUGAAAAAUCAAAUGUAUUGAUGACAAUUGAGCAGUAGGACCUCAUCCCCGUAAUUCUACAGUGAAGGCAGACAGACUGCACCCUCUGGGUUUCAUCACAUGUUUAUGUGCAUAUGAUGAUCAAGCUCAGAAAUGAACACCAACAUAUCUCUCCCAUUAUUAGUUAUUAUAACCUUAUUUUAUGCAGGGAGUAAAAUGUUUUACUAAUAAUUUUUACUUUGAACCUUUCCUUCUUUUUUCUAAACAUAUUAUUUCAGUUAUCGUUUAGGGUCGUUGCAUAUUCCUGGAUUCUGGUCGAAAUUCCUAACGCAUAAAAUGUCUAAACCUUUUAUGUUUAAAAUCAGAGACGUGUCCAAAGAUGUGCUCUGAUACUAUUCUGUUUUUCGGUCACUUUGUCAGCAGCACUCCAGGUAAAAUUGCUAAAUAGCUGGGUUAAUUAAUAAAGCGAGAAUUCAAGGGGCAUUCAAAGAACAAAUUUAAGACCAAAGCAGACGAACUGGAAGCACAUCUGCCUUGGAGAGUUUU